GACAAGUGGUGUACGCUUGCGCGCGAACUGCCGCUAUUGUAAUAUAUAUCUGUUGUAGCAGGUUUUUCGGAAAGCUUCCGAGAGACAAGAAGACGUAACGGCUUUCCACGGCUUGUCAAAGACAAGACUUCUCGUCACUUUCAAAGUUUGAGGAACACUUCAUAUGACCUAGAUAAUUAUGGCACUUUUAUGGUUAAUAUUUAUUGUUGCCGUACAUGUUGUUCAGCCUGUCGAUGGGCACAGAAUUAAUUCAAUCAAACUACGACCGGAACUAUAUUCACCAUUACCACUAGCUCAACAAUACCGUGGUCAAUGUAAUCGACAACCUCUAGGUUACAACACCCCCAAAACCCCCGGAGACAACGGAUUUCAAAUAAACAUUUCAGGAGACCCCCAGAAGUAUGUUCCAGGAAAAGUUUAUACAAUUUCCCUCCAAGGAAGCACAAAACAGCACAAUAUCCAGAAAUUUACCGGUUUUACGUUGGUGGUCGAGCCCAAAGUGCUAGAAAACGACUUCGACAUCACCAGCAAACCCUCUCCUAAUACCGGAUUUUUUCAGCUGUUUGGAGAUGCUCUAUCUAAGUUCUCAGAAGAAUGUCCACAUGCUAUUGUCCAUACUUCAGUCAUUCCAAAAUCAGAGAUUCAAGUGAUGUGGACAGCACCCCCUUCAUCCUCUGGCUGCGUUGUGUUUAAAGCAACGAUUUUGGAAUUCAGAGACGUGUGGUAUAUGGAUGAUGGAGGAUUGACGAAAGAGCUGUGUGAGGAAGAGCAGGAAAUUCGGAACAGUCAGUCAGAGAUUAUUGAAGAUUGUUGUGCAUGUGAUGAAGCUAAAUAUGAAGUUGUAUUUGAAGGUUUGUGGUCUCGACACACUCACCCUAAAGACUUUCCUUCUAAUGAAUGGCGAACGCAGUUCUUCGACAUCAUUGGUUCUUCACACACAGUUGACUUCCGUAUGUGGGAAUACGGUGGUUAUGCUACUGAGGGUGUACGUCAGUUAGUGGAACUAGGAUCACCCAAAAAGCUUGAAUCUGAACUCAAGACUGAGUCAGAAAAAAUCCGAACCAUCAUCAAAGCAAGGGGGCUACAGUAUCCAAACUUAAACGGGAAAACGUUUGCCGUAUUUCGAGUGGACAAAAGACACCACCUGAUGUCACUACUGAGCAAGCUAAGCCCGAGUCCUGAUUGGCUAGUCGGAGUUAGUGCUCUGGAGUUGUGCUUGAAGAACUGUUCCUGGGUGGCCAACAAAAUUAUGAACCUUUAUCCUUGGGAUGCCGGAAUAAAUGACGGACUAUCCUAUUUAUCUGAUUCAUCUCCAACAUUACCUCAAGAGAGAAUCAAGAGAAUCACCUCUAGUGAUCCUAGUAGCACAGAGUCACCUUUCUAUGACCCUUCUGGAACUCCCAUGAAACCAGUAGCAAGACUAAUAAUUACGCGACAAAGGAUUUAUGAAAAACCAUGUGAAGAACCUUCUAGUCCUGAACCAACCACAUAUGAGACAAAUACUGAAACUGAAUAUGAACAGGUUGCCUUUGGAGAAGAUCCGUUUUACCCUAACCUGACUGAAUGUGCGGUAUCACAGUGGACAGAAUACAGCCGGUGUAGUGUUUCGUGUGGAUAUGGAUCACAGCUGAGAACCAGAACCUACAUCAAUGAAGAAAAUGCCCGGAAAAUGGAAUGUGUCACGAAUGUAGUAGAAGAUAAAGCCUGUUAUAUUGUGUGUGAGGGUAACGUAAGCUGUCAAACAAGUGAUUGGAGUGAGUGGACACCGUGCAACAUAAGUUGUGGGACUGGUACACGUACUCGUCGCAGACAAUACCUGAAUCUCAUUGCUCGCAAGGUUUGUCGGGAAAACUUAGUGGAAAAGGGAACAUGCAUGGAAGUUAAUAGUUGUAAGAUAAACACCAAGUGUGCUGUGACUCAGUGGUCUGGGUGGUCCCCGUGCACAGUCACGUGCGGGAGGGGUAUGAAGUUUCGCACUCGACUUUACUUGAUCCCCUCGGCACUCGCUUUCUGUAACACAGAACUCAUGCAGAAAACCACGUGCGAAGCAGAAAACCCGACAUGUAUCUCUCAUCUUGCAGAUGCAAAGGAAAUCUGCAUGAUGCAGAAAGAUAUGGGCCCUUGUCGAGGUUUGUUUAAACGCUGGUAUUAUGAUACAGAUAAGCAGUCUUGCAUUCAAUUUGUCUACGGUGGUUGUCGUGGCAACAAGAACAAUUUCCAUAACUAUUUUGACUGUAGAAGAACAUGCCAAGACAUGCUAAGGGACUUUCUUCACUCCUUCGGGUCAAAGUUCACAUACAAAAUAGACAAUAUCCUCAUUCAACUGGAAAAUGGAGAGAUGUGUGUUCCUCUGAGUACGCUGGCCACGUCACCUAGCAGAGGUUAUAACCAGAACAGUAUGCAUGUAAUUGACUGCCAAGUUUCUGAAUGGUCAGAAUUUAGUUCGUGCAGCGCGACUUGUGGGAAAGCACGGAGAAGACGUUACAGAAGAAUUGAGGUGCAUCCUCAAAAUGGAGGAGCUGAGUGUCCUAAAAAACUCGUACAGCGUCGAAAGUGCAAGAGCAAUCCAAAAUGUCCCAAGAAUGCAGAACAAGAAGAUGCGGCUGUGGAUUGCAAGAUGACCUCUUGGAGUCAAUGGUCUCCCUGUUCAGUGAGUUGUGGCCCAGGUGGCUUUCAGAAAAGGGUUAGAGAAAUAAAAAGAGAACCAAAACGUGGAGGUCUUUCUUGUAAACCUCUGAUAGAAGAACAACCGUGCAAUCAGAAAAUGUGUCAUUAUUAAUGGUUGAUGAACUUUUCAAUUGUGGACAGACCAUUAUACUCGGUGUUUGUUCACUAACAUUGUACAUAGUGUAUCAUUGUAUGGCAUUCAUACCGUGUAAUCGUAUUAGAGAAUUCCAAACGCUGUGCACUCUGUGGAUUGUAAAAGGUUGCAUAUUCACGGUAAUAAAACAUUCAGGAUUAUAUCCUUUUUUUUUUCGCA